AUGCCCCAUCAUGGUUCGGAACGAGUUGCUCUCUUCAAAGCGAGCCGCAACAAGAAACAACAUCAUCUUCUCUCCAAUGAAUUAUUUAAUGAAGAUAUUUUCCGGAUUAUUCUUUCCUAUUUACAACCAAAGGAUUUAAUGAAUUUACAUUUGGUGAGUCAAAGUUUGCAAAUUUGUCAAAUGACCACCAUGGAUUGUUGGUGGAAACGUUUUUAUCAAUUAAAAUUGUCAGAACUUGGAAAAAAAAGCAAAUCAAAAGGAUUUUCCAUCCAGUGGAAAAUAAGCACGAUGGAAACAGUGACACAAGAUUUUAGACAACAUUUAGUUGAGGCUUCGAAAGUGUACAAUAUGAAACGAUUGAAAUGUAAAUACUAUGACAAACAAGAAAUUAUGAAAUUCAAAUUGAAAGACCUGAUCCAGGUCCAAACCACUGAAAGCCAAUUGUCAACUCUCAAAAGUGUCAAACUACUAGUUGUAGGAAAUGGGGCAACCGGAAAAACAUGGCUAUUGAUGAGAAUGACACAAAAUUCAAUUCCUGGUCUUGAUGGAUACACACCAACUGUGAUGGAGCAAUGUAGCCAUAACAUCACUGUGGAAGGUGAAACAUAUACCAUUGAUUUGGUAGAUUCGACAGGAUCUGACGAGUAUGGAGAGAGAUUAAGGCCCCUGUCCUAUGUUGGUAGUGACAUUUUUAUAGUAACUUUUAGUUCCAUUGAUAAGAAUAGUUAUGAGAUGGUAAAAUCACACUGGAUUCCUGAAGUGACUCAUCAUUGUCCAAAUGUACCGAUUUUACUAGUUGCUACAAAGAAGGACUUGAGAGAGAAUAUGAACAAUGAGAGAAAUGGGGAGCUCAAAUAUCCUUAUUGGAAUCCAAUUAGUUUCGAGAAGGGACAAGAACUGGCGAAACAAAUGGGAUGUAUUUCGUUCAUGGAGACAUCUGCACAGACGGGAGAAGGAUUUAUGGGCUUGGAAGAGGUCAUUGUUAAAUGUGUCAUGCUUGCUAGGUGUGGGAAAGCUCAUCGUUUUGGUGUAGAUGAUAAGAGCUCAAAAAAUAAAUGUUCUAUUCAGUAG